AUGCCUCAAGAAGCCACACCUGAGACUCAGAACGGAGGCGAGGAGGGAGCGAGAAGAAAACAGUCCCAGGCACCGAAACAGCUGGCAUGUUUGAGCUGCCGGCGCAAAAAGGUCAAGGUCGAAUGCGAUGUCCCGUACUUUGACGAGCGCCGGCGUGCACACUCACGGAAGCUCAUCGAAGACCUUCGAGCAGAGAACGCCCGUCUCAAAGCCGAGCUAGAAGAACACCGUACUGUCUGUCUCAUGGGCGAUAAUAUGGGCGAUGUUUAUCAAGACUGGAUGUCUGAAGAACAAUCCGAGAGCCUCUCUCCGGCAUCUUGCUCGACUAAGUCUGAUAACAUGAUUGUGCGGCUUUGUGGAGGGCAGAGACAGCUUAACAGUGAUCGCGAUGGCAGACUGCGUUUCUUCGGCCCUACAUCGAGUCUUCAUCUGUUGGAAAGCGUGACAUCGUCCGUCCUGAUCCGCGAGUCUAACGGUACCACGUGUCCAGUGUGGCAAGACGACUUUCCUCUCGAGGUGCAGAAUCACCUCCUUGAUCUCUAUUGGACGUACUUACAUCAGGUUCUACCAUGUAUUCAUAAAGAAGCAUUUCUUAGAGAUAUGCAGAAUGGCGACACCCAAUACUGCAGCACGCUCCUGUUGUACUGCAUCCUCACCCGAGCGGCUGCGAUAUCGAAUCAGCCAGGACUCCGUGCUCUGGCACUGGCAGAUGACGCGGAAGAUGACCCUCCUUAUCUAGUUCGAAAGUGUGUCCAGCUAUUAGAAACGGAGUUAGACAACCCAGGAAUCACUACUGCGCAGUCACUUCAGUUACUCAGCGAGAUGCAUUGCGCUAUAUCUCAUGACACCAAGGGGUGGAUGUACGCUGGUAAACUGAUACCAAGUUCAUUUCCGGAGCGGACAACUGCUGAUGUCACAACAGGUGGCGCGGGCAGAUUGGCAUAUGAGCUUGGACUUCACAGCAAUAGCGAACAACUCAACACCAGCCUGUCCAGCUUGGAUAUUGAAGUGAGGCAAAUCACUUUUUGGAGUUGCUUCAACCUUGACCGCGCUUGGGCACUUUAUCUUGGUCGGCCGCAGUGCGUCAGGAUAGAGGACAUUGAUGUCAGGCGGCCCGGCGAAGGCCAGCUUGACGCGUCCAAUGACAUGAAGGUAUCAGCCGCCUGGACAAAUCUUCUGGAACUCAUUGGAUUGAUAUGUGAGAUCUUUAUGCAAUAUGCUGCAGCAAUGAUUCUUCUUCAUCGACCAUUAGCCCAAUUCGGUAAAGAGAUCUCAUUGCAAUCCUCAGCCAGCGAAAUAUCACGGCAGACUUGCAUUAACCAUGCAUGCUCGAUUGCACAAUAUCUACAAGAGUAUCACGAGCAACAUGGCAGUGUCUCAACCAUGUCGUGGAUUGCGCUGCACAUCAUCGCCACGGCAUCGACAACACUGAUAGCCAAUGUCGCCGAGCGUAAGGCGAGCGCAGGUGCCAGCCAGCUCAAAGCGCUCCGCAAAUGUCUCAAUUCUCUCAGUGAGCUCGAAAAGAGCCACGUCGUCACCCGACGCGUCCGCAAAGUCAUUCAGCAUGCGAUACGUUUGCUCAACCUAGAUGCGGUGAUCAAUCCUGCAGGGUCAGCCCGCCAAUUUAUGAACCUGCCAACUCCGCUGUCGUUUGCUGUCACAGCCACACCCAGCGUCGACCUACAGUCUCUCCCCUUUCUCGAUUUUCAGCCAACGGGGACUCAAUUUGAUCGUCUUAAUUCUUUCGAGUCUUAUUUUCUGACUUAA